AUGGCAAAAAGUAAGGUCAGGACAGGCUGUCGCACUUGCAAGACCCGCAAAGUGAAAUGCGACGAAAGCUACCCUGUUUGUCGCCGGUGCUCGUCCACGGGGCGCACGUGUGAUGGCUACGGAGUUUGGGGCGGCGGCAAUAAAUCAAACCGGAGUAGCUGCGAUGGAGAUAUUGUACCUUCGACUUCGUCAUCUCCCAAUGACACCUGCAAUACGAUUCUACCUCGACCUGGAUACGUUUCCUUCUUUGUGGCUAGUCGAGAAGAUAAGGAAUGCUUUGAUUGGUUUGAACGUCGCGCUUCGCCUAAGCUGAGGGGCUCAUUUGAUUCGGAAUUCUGGUCCAAACUCAUAUUGCAGGCUAGUAUCAACGAGUUAGCAGUCCGCCAUGCAGUCCUGGCUGUAAGCUUUAUUCACCGGAAAGGCAGCCUAAACAUCUUGGAUGCGCGUAUAGAAGAAGAAACCAUUGGUCAAGUAGAGCAAGUUUCUCUUCGAUAUUUUGCUAGAUCAAUCAACAAUCUUCAACACCAUUUGUCCUCCAAUACCCAGGCAUCUUUGCGCAUCGUCUUGAUUACGUGUAUCAUAUUUACCACAUUAGACCUCCUUCGAGGUCACUUUGAAACAGCACAGAUACAUGUUAAAAAUGGAUAUGUUCAACACGAGUGUCUGAGCCAACAGACAGUUGGAUCGUGGAAACCUUCAUAA